UUAGUGGAUUGAAUGCUAAUCCCUCAGAUUAACGCUGUGUAGGCAGUUAGAAGAUUAGGCGCGUGCUAUUAAUCCGUCUGCGCUGCAGCUACUUAGUCAGUCACCAUGUGGAACCCAAGGAACGCCGUCCUGCUCUCAGUUCUGCUGGCUCUGUCAGCCUCGGCCUUCGUGGAGGAGCUUGAUGAUACCUUCAUGGAGACGAGAGCUGACGACGACAUCUGGCUCAUCAAAUUUUACGCCCCCUGGUGUUCGUUCUGUAAACAACUGGAUCCUGUUUGGCACCAGAUUGGAUCAGAACUCAAGAGUCUCGGCUCUCCAGUCAACGUCGGGAAAUCAGACGCCACGGCCAGCACCGGUUUGGCCAAAGAGUUCAAGGUCAGAGGUUAUCCGGCAAUUUUGAUGUUGAAGAAAGGGGUGAAAUAUAAUUAUUCAGGACCAAGAACCAGAGACGGAAUCCUGGACUUUGCCAAUCGUGUUGGAGGGCCGUUGGUUCGAUCUCUCAGCAGUGUUUCGCUUUUCCAACACGCUAUGGACCGCCAUGAUGUCAUGUUUGUUUAUGUUGGAGCCACUUCGCACCUGAAGGGAAACUACACGUCAGCAGCAGAGGAGCUGAUCGUUCACACCUACUUUUUCUCUUCGACCAAAGACGUCUUGCCCAAGGUGGUCUCCCUCCCGUCUCUACCGGCUGUGGUGGUUUUUAAAGAUGGAACCUACUUCACCUUUAACGAGGAACUUGACGGUGAUCUGAAGUCGUGGAUCAACAGAGAACGUUUCCCAAACUUCUUGAUGAUUGACAGCUUCACUUUGUACGCAAUGGGAGAAUCAGAUAAAUUGGUAUUGUUGGCACUGGUUGAGGAGAAGAACCUGUGUGAGGAGAGCGUGAGGUAUAAAGGUCUGGUGGAGAAAGUGUCUGCAGACUACAGAGAGUUCUACAGCAGAAACUUUUACUUUGGUUUCAUGGGAGGGUGUGACUACAUUAAUGGGCUGGUGAUGGGGGAGGUGGGAGUUCCCUCCUUCAUAGUCGUUGAUCUCUCCAGCGAUGGCUACUUCCUUCCUCCGGCCGCUGUAAAGACGGAGCGCCACCUGCUUGACUUCCUGAACGGGGUCCUGGACGGCAGCAUCCAGUUUCAGGGAGGAAACAGCAUCUAUCAGCGGGUCAGACGUUUCAUUUAUGAAAUCAAAGUCUCACUAACGUCCAUCAUCAGCCAGGCUCCGCUGUUCGGAUGCUUCUUGGUCAGCUUCCUUCUUGCCAUUAUCGCCGUCGUCUUCUAUGUCUGCUUUAAGAACCGACCCACCUUGGCGGACGAUGACGACAAUGACAGUGGUGGCCUGUUGGUUUCACCUCUACAGCGGCAAACAAAACUUACGGACAAAAAGUCUGACUGACAAGGCGGAUCAGGAGUAGGACCGUCAACUCAUGUAAUCCAAACUUAGACCUAGAAUACUUUGUCCUCAUCGGUCUUUGAAUUGAGAGCAAAUAAAACCCUCCAGCCCCC